UUUAAUUUUCAGUAGCAGAGCAAGGACGAGAGGGAAACCGAUCCGGAGCAGCGAUUUAAGAGUUUACCACAAGCCUACUUAAAGGGAUUUCCUCAUCUCAACUUGACAUCCCCCCUCAGUAGAGUUUGUCUGGAUCUUUCUGCUUGAUUUUUACUAUUUUUCUGGAAACGAUGAUGUUCACUACUUUCAACGCGGAGUGCGACUCUUCCUCCCGCUGCAGCACCGCUUCCCCGUCUGCGGACAAUCUGGGAUACUAUCCGUCCCCAGCGGGAUCUUACUCCAGCAUGGGAUCUCCCCAAUCUCAGGAUUUCACUGACCUGACAGCAUCAAGUGCCUCCUUCAUCCCCACCGUCACAGCCAUCUCGACUAGCCCGGACCUGCAGUGGAUGGUCCAGCCUUUGAUCUCCUCGGUGGCCCCUUCUCACAGAGCUCACCCCUACAGCUCCAGCCCCAGCCCAGCCUACUCCAGACCAGCCAUGAAGUCUGCAGCAUCCAAGGCUAGCGGCUCCUCCAAGAGAGGCAGAGCUGAACAGAUAUCACCUGAGGAGGAAGAGAAGAGGAGAAUUCGCAGGGAGAGAAAUAAGCAGGCAGCAGCGAAAUGCCGCAACAGGAGGCGAGAGCUUACCGACACUCUGCAAGCUGUAAGUAUCCCACCAGAUUUACCAUCAUUCAUCAGAAUGUAUUUACUGCCAGAGCUAAUAGCAGUGUUAUCCAACAGCCAACUUAAUGCCACUUCCUCUCUCUCUCUCGGCUUGCAGGAAACCGAUCAGCUGGAGGAUGAGAAGUCCAGCCUGCAGAACGAUAUUGCCAAUCUGCUGAAGGAGAAGGAGAGGCUCGAGUUCAUUCUGGCUGCCCACCAGCCAAUCUGCAAAAUCCCGUCAGAGCUGGACACGGACUUCCCCGUGGCCUCCAUCUCUCCCGCCCACCCUUGCCUCUCCUCCACCGCUGUGUCCUCCCAACCACAGACUACCAUCACCUCCAGCCAGCCAACCUUCACCUCACCCUCCAACUCCAUCUUCUCCAGCUCCAGCCCCGUCCUCUCCACCGCCACCAUCUCCGGCAGCGCGGUCAAGAUGACCGACCUGGAGGCCUCCGUCCUGGAGGAGUCUCUGGAUCUGCUGGCGAAGACGGAGAUGGAGACGGCGAGGUCGGUGCCCGAGGUUGACCUGUCCAACUCCCUCUACGCCAGUCAGGACUGGGAGCCCCUUCACGCCACAGCCAAUAGCAGUGACUUCGAGCCCCUGUGCACACCAGUCGUGACCUGCACCCCAGCCGGCACCACCUACACGUCCUCAUUUGUGUUUACCUUCCCCGAGGCAGAGACCUUCCCCACCUGUGGCGUGGCCCACAGGAGAGGAAGCAGCAGCAACGACCAGUCCUCCGACUCCCUCAGCUCACCCACCCUGCUGGCCCUCUAAAGACUCUUCCACAAACGUGAACUUCUUCCUACCGAGCACAUUUUCUUGAUGUAAAAGAUAGAUGUGCAGAUCACAGGGCUAUGGAAUGGACUUGUACCAGGAAGCAAACUAUUUAUCAUUUUAUCUGCCUUCAUCUGUACUUGCCUAUAUUACACCAAUGUAGCAAGUUUAAAAAAACAACAAAAAAGAAGCAUGUUUCAACUAAUACCACCUAGUCGUUUUAUGAGUUCCUAUAUGAUUUGAUGGUGCUAGAUAACAAAAUUUGUUGUAUAUUGAUGUGUGUUCAGAGCAAUAGUUAUUAUUUAUCCAGUUUGUUUUCUGGUUAAUGGAAUGUGAGAGUAAUUGUGAAACUGUUUGUGAAAAAAAAAAACUGACGUGCUUUGUCUUUAACCAUGGUCUGAGUGGUCUAUACCCCAGUAUAAAGUUUUCUGUGAAAACAUUAGUGGUUUUAAUUUAUGAAAUUUAUUUUUUUACAGAGAGAGAGUAAAGACAAAUGUUGUUUGUAAGAUAUGUAAAUAAAGGAUAGUGAUAUUUAAAUUCA